GAUGAGCGGGCCCUCAGGGACAUUUGGAGAUGGGGUUUGAUAAGGAGGAUGCUCGUCAGGCCUGAUGGACAACAACAACAUGGAGGUGGCUCUCAACAGUCUACUGACGGGGACCUUCAAACCCCCCCCACCCCCGAGGAACCCAGCAGACCCCCCCCAGAGCAGACAGAGGAAGGGGUCGUGGCCGGGGUCGGGGUCGGUCCAGUAGGUUUGGGGGUGAGGAUGAGGAGGAGGGAGCAGGAGGAAGACCGUCAGGACCCAGCACUCUGUUUGACUUCCUGGAAUCCAAGAUGGGGAGCUUCUCCAUACAAGAGCCAAAGAGCCAUCAUGACAGCCAGAGGCAUCAUGAUGGUAAGAUGACGUUCCCCCCUAACGACCACCACCAGUCCCAGGACAGGUACCCCCAACGCAGCGACAGCCAGUCCCAGGGCAGGUACCCCCAACGCAGCGACAGCCGUAACGACAGGUCAGACAGUAGGAACGACAGACCACGGAAGGAGAGAAACGACAGGAACGACAGAUCAGACUUCAGGAACGACAGGAACGACAGACCACCUCGCUUCCAGAGGGAUAGUGACAAGGAUUUCCCUAAACCUGGCCACAACCCCUCCAUCGCCACAUCCGCCCCAGCCCCAGUUCCAGCUCCAGCAGGGGGCCAGCAGGGCCAGGAGAGAUCCCAGGACAGAGGCCAGGAAAGGGGCCAGACACAGGAGAAGGCCCCUCCUGGAGGUGGAGGAGGGUCAGAGAGGUGGAGAGAGGCCCAGAAUGAGAGACAAGCAGCCAGGGAGGCCAGAGGACAGACAUCGGUGUUCUGCCCUGCUACGUACCCCGCCCCUGGCCAGCGGAACAGAGAACCCAGAGACGGAACCCAGGGGGAUCUUUCUGGAUCUGGAACCUUCCAGCAGGGAAUCAGAGUAGGUUCUAGUUCUGGUUCCGGAGGGUUCCAGAACCAAAGUCGGAGAGAGCAGCACUCGGUACCUGAUCUGUCGUUUAAUAAGAGAGGAGGAGGAGGAGGGAUGAAUCGGGACAACGGGCCUGCACCAGCUGCCUCUAAACCAGGCCAGCACCAGACAGAGUCCAGUUCUAACUGUGUAUCAGAACCAAAAGGGGUCCAGAGAUCUGACAGCAGAGCAGAAAACAGAGCCGAGCCCAACAGCAGGCGGAGAGGAGGGGGGAAGUCCCACAGGGAACGGCCCAACUCGGACAACUUUGACCGUUACCGGGACAACGGACCGCCCAACUCUUCUACGUCGUGGGCGGGGCAAGAGAAGGACUGUAGCGCCGGGACGCAGGACUGGGGCGUGUCCCGUGGUGAGUCUCGUCCAGUGAAAGGCCAUGUGGGAAGCGGCCCAGGCUCGGGGCCACACCUCCAAAACGGUGACUCGUCAACGGAACACCGGACAGGGCCAAUCAAACAACAGAACUACUCCACUGGUCCCGCUCCCAGGGAGAAGGAGGAGCCACACAACAGGAACAGCACUAACCCCGCUCAUAACAACUCCAACACCGCCCCUAAGAAGAGAACAGGGCAGGUCAAAGGGCAGAGGUCGGACCAGGGGCAGGUUGGGUCCAUGGAGCCUGCAGUGUCUCAAGGCCUGGGGACCUUGAAACCAGGAGACCAGGUUCUGGCGCUCUACUGGGAGGACAACAAGUUUUACAGGUCCAGGAUAGACGCUGUGCAUCCCUCUGGUCUCACGGCCGUCGUGGUCUUUACUGAGUAUGGAAACUGUGAGGAGGUCCUUCUACACAACAUCAGACCUGUCAACACGGACUUCUGGAAGGAAGAGGAGGGGUUAGAGUACCGGCGCAGGGGAGACGGGCAGCCUCGGACCAACACGAGGACGCGGCCCACGGUCCAGUAUUACCAGCCGCCCAGGGCCAGGGACUGUGACUGACUGAUCACGUCAUGACUGAGUUACGACGGAGUCCACAAAGGAUCCCAGAGGUCGACGCAUCUGACCUCCAAAAACACCCGAUCUUUCUUCUCUCCGGUGGCAAAAUUCCCGCGACUUUUCCAGAAAUCCUGUUCGGGGGGAUUCCACCUCCUCAUUGUUCCCUCCUGAUUCCACAGAAUCUUUCAACUGUGGAUUUCUUUAAAAAAAACAGACUUUGGGAAAGUGAGUGGGAUUUUACAAAGCCUUCUCUCCUCUUCACCAAAUACACUCUUCCUGUGUUCACGUGUGUCUCCAUAUCAACAAGUGUGAACCAUUCAGGAAAAGGGCCUUGUUGCUCAAAGAUGCUGACAACAAGGACUCUAGCGAACACACUUUGUAAAGCGCACAGCCGCUGGACAUGGGGAAGAUUUGUCAAAUAGUUUAUUAUUAGACUAAUAAAAAUGUUGCUCCUGUA